GGCGCGCAAGACCUCUUCUCUAAAAUCCCCUUCUUUGAUUAGGGUUUUAGCAAUAUCCCCUUUCUCUUUCUCUCUCCACUUCUCACUCUUCAGACACUACACCGAUAAACUCUGCACUCUCUCAGAGACAGAGAGAGAGAGAGAGAGAGAGAGUGAGAAAUCUUCAAUGGCAUGAACUCUCUCUGUAGCUAGACAGACUCUUAACCAUCCAUGGCGUUCUCUACUGGAUUUCGUUUACUUCGUUAUCAGCUCUCCCUCCCCGUCUCUCCGACUCGUCUUCACAAUCUCCGUCACGGCAUCUCCGGCCUCCGAUUCCUCUCCGUCAUUCCUUCCAGGCCUCUUCGGACGGUGAAAGCGAGGCGAGGACAAGACACUGCUGCUGCGGCGACGGAAGAAGGGAACGGGAGCGUGAUUGUCAAGGACGAAAAUGGAAGGGAUGGGAGAGUUGUCCCUGCUGAGCUUCACAAAGAGGCUACCGAAGCUUACAUGGCCUACGCAAUGUCGGUGUUGCUCGGCCGAGCUUUGCCCGAUAUUCGGGAUGGAUUAAAGCCGGUUCACCGCCGAAUAUUAUUUGCAAUGCAUGAAUUGGGCCUUUCAUCACGAAAACCAUACAAGAAGUGUGCUAGAGUUGUUGGGGAGGUUCUUGGUAAGUUUCAUCCUCAUGGUGACAGUGCUGUAUAUGAUUCCCUAGUCCGAAUGGCACAGGAUUUCUCUUUACGCUGCCCACUCAUUCGAGGGCAUGGGAAUUUUGGUUCAGUUGAUGCAGAUCCUCCGGCUGCCAUGCGUUACACAGAGUGCAGGCUAGAAGCACUUGCUGAAGCAAUGUUGUUGGCUGAUUUGGAACAAGAUACAGUUGAUUUUGCUCCAAAUUUUGACAAUUCUCAAAAGGAACCAUUGCUUCUACCUGCUCGGAUCCCAAAUUUAUUACUGAAUGGUUCCUCUGGCAUUGCGGUUGGAAUGGCAACCAACAUCCCUCCUCAUAAUCUUGGGGAAUUGGUGGAUGCACUCUCUGUUUUGAUUCAUAAUCCAGAAGCCACGCUGCAAGAAUUACUGGAAUACAUGCCAGGACCUGACUUUCCAACUGGUGGCCUAAUAAUGGGUAACACUGGCAUCUUAGAGGCAUAUCGAACUGGGCGAGGACGGAUCGUAGUCAGAGGAAAGACUGAUAUUGAAUUGCUCGAUUCUAAAACAAAGCGUACUGCAAUUAUUAUAAAAGAAAUUCCAUACCAGACCAACAAAGCCUCUCUUGUUCAGAAAAUCGCUGAGCUUGUGGAAAACAAGAGUUUAGAAGGCAUAAGUGAUAUUCGUGAUGAGAGUGAUCGAACUGGAAUGCGUAUAGUGAUUGAGCUGAAGCGGGGAUCUGAUCCGUCUAUUGUUCUUAAUAAUCUGUAUCGCCUUACUGCUCUUCAGUCUAGUUUUAGCUGCAACAUGGUGGGUAUUCUCAAUGGAAAACCUCAACAGAUGGGCUUGAGGGAAAUACUCCAGGCAUUCUUGGAUUUUAGAUGCUUUGUAAUUGAAAGACGUGCAAGGUAUAAGCUUUCACAAGCAGAGGAUAGGAGUCAUAUUAUUGAGGGUAUCAUAGUGGGGCUUGAUAAUUUGGAUGGAGUAAUUGAUGUAAUCAGGAAAGCUUCAAGCAAUGCUAUGGCAUCAGCGACUUUGAGGAAAGAGUUCAAUCUGUCUGAUAAACAAGCUGAGGCGAUAUUAGACAUAAGCCUGAGAAAGCUUACACUGCUUGAGAGAAAUAAGUUUGUUGAUGAAAGUAAUUCCUUAAUGGAACAAAUUUCCAAGUUACAAGAACUUUUGUCAAGCAAAAAGCAAAUCCUCCAGUUGAUAGAACAAGAAGCAAUUGAACUAAAGAACAAGUUUUCCACUCCAAGGCGUUCAUUGUUGGAGGACACUGAUAGUGGUAUACUUGAAGACAUAGAUGUUAUCCCAAACGAAGAAAUACUACUGGCACUUAGUGAGAAGGGUUAUGUUAAACGAAUGAAGCCCAACACAUUUAAUCUUCAAAAUCGUGGAACCAUUGGUAAAUCAGUUGGGAAAUUAAGAGUAAAUGACACAAUGUCCGACUUCCUUGUUUGUCAUGCGCAUGACCAUGUCCUAUAUUUCAGUGAUAAGGGCAUAGUUUACUCAGCUCGGGCAUAUAAAAUUCCAGAAUGUUCCAGGGCUGCUGCUGGCACCCCACUUGUUCAGAUCUUGUCCUUAUCUGAUGGUGAAAGAAUAACUUCCAUUAUUCCUGUGAGCGAGUUUGCUGGAGAUCAGUAUCUUCUUAUGCUUACUGCAAAGGGCUAUAUCAAGAAAGUAUCUUUGAACUAUUUCUCAUCAAUCAGGUCAACGGGGAUUAUAGCAAUUCAAUUGGUUCCAAGUGAUGAAUUAAAAUGGGUCCGUCGUUGCACAAAUGAUGAUCUUGUGGCCUUGGCUUCACAAAAUGGAAUGGUUAUUCUGAGUUCCUGUAAGAUUAUUCGAGCUCUUGGAAGAAAUACUAGGGGUUCAAUUGCAAUGAGGCUAAAGGAAGGGGAUAAAAUGGCAUGCAUAGACAUAAUACCAGCAGUCAUGCGGAAAGAGUUUGAGAGGAUCUCAGAAGCUAAUCAGGGCCGGCUGUCGACCAAACUCAGCAGACACAAAGUCUGGAGUUAUUUUUUUGGACCUUUGCUGUCUUUUGUUAUGAGUAAGCCUGGCAGGAGCAUGAGUGGCCCAUGGUUGUUGUUUGUGUCUGAGAGUGGUUUUGGAAAGCGAGUUCCUCUCUGUAGCUUCCGCUUAUCACCUUUGAAUAGGGUUGGUUUAAUAGGUUACAAGUUUUCAUCUGAAGAUGGCUUGGCAGCAGUAUUUGUUGUGGGAUUUUCCUUGGCUGAUGAUGGCGAAAGUGAUGAAGAAGUGGUACUCUUGAGCCAGAGUGGGACAGUCAACAGAAUAAAAGUUCGGGACAUAUCCAUACAGUCACGCUAUGCGAGGGGGGUCAUUUUGAUGCGACUUGAGCACGAUGGAAAGAUUCAGUCUGCUUCAUUGAUUUCUGCAACAGAAAGCGAGCCAGAGGAAGUUGAAGCUGCCUCUGAGGUUCUAAGUAAAGCCGUUGCAUAGAAAAUGGGAGUGUUUGGUGUUGAUAGUAAAAAUUUAAAUUGUAGUAUAAGGAAAUCUUUGUCCUAAUCAUGAAACUGUCAACUGUGCUUUUAAUGUUCAAUGAGUAAGUCUUUGUUCUUGAGUUUUGAGUUCUCCCUCUUUUUCAGCUCUUAGGGCUUGUCUUGAAUAUUUAUCUUUGUGAUUAGUUAAUGAUUGUGUAGAACAAUGCUGCGAUUGCAAAAAUAAAAAUAAAAUUUUUUUGGCACGGCACUCUUGCUAAUAGAGGCGGCCUUUUGAUU